CUUCGGUAUAAAAACCCUCUCGAACAGGCAAAGGCAGCCAGUGGAGCUCCGACUAGACCUGUCAACAGACAGCGUGAGUCGCCGAGAUGCGCACCGCUUUAUUAUUCCUUGUGGCUUUGGCCGCCUCAGCUCUAGCAGGACCAGCAGGUCAACGGAAUACUUGCGCCACCCACUGCAAACCUUCAGAGACCUUCGUUUACGAAAAUGGCAAAAGCUACACCUAUGAAUAUUCUGUAACGACUUCGACUCGACUUCUGGGAGCCUUCGACGAUGACGCGCAGAUGCACAUUACUGCCAAGGCCCAGAUAGAUGUUACCUCCCCGUGUGAAUAUGUGCUGAGGCUCACGGAAGUGCAGCUUCAAAACUCAAUUCACAAUGCCGAGUUCAGCGAAGCCAUCAUGAAGAACCCUCUUAGGUUCUCCUUCCAAGAUGGCGUCGUUGAGAGCUUGUGCAGUGAAGCGACUGAACCCACCUGGGUUUUGAACUUCAAGAGAGGUCUUCUGUCUACCUUCCAAAAUUCCAUGAACAACAUCAAUCAUGGCGAGGGACAAGAAACCGAUGUAGCCGGCAUGUGUGUUACUCAAUACAGCGUGACUACGGAGGGCAAUGUUAUCUCAACUGAGAGAGUAAAGGAUCUAUCUUCUUGUGCUAAGAGGCCUGACAUGAACACUUACUUGAUGUCCACUACCUACGCCACAGAUUCUCCUGUUCAGAGUUUGCCGAUCUUCAAGAGUACCAACAAGUGCCAGCAGAAGAUAGAAGACGGAAUUCUGAAGGAGGCCAUCUGUGAAGAUACCCACAAAUUCAGGCCUUUCUCAAGCGAAGAAGGUGGAGCCAUUACAAAGGCAACGGCCACCAUGCGUCUGCUGUCCCUCGAGGACUUGACAGUCAUGAUUCCAGACACCCAGUUCCUCAGAAAAUCUCUCAUUUUUGACGAAGAAAUCUCCGAAACAUCUGAACCUAAGGUUGAGAUCGUAGCCAACAUUUUGAACGAUCUUGAAGUUGCUUCUCAGGGAGAAAUCGGAGCUGAAGUCCCUGCACUUUUCUCGAACUUGGUUGCAUCCCUGAAAUCCCUCGACUAUUCUCAGAUGAGCAACAUCUACAGCAAGAUCCAAGAGCCACGUGUCAAGAAAUUCUUGGUUGAUGCCAUGCCUUUGGUUGGAACAGCAAGCGCUGCUGGAACCCUCCGAGACAUGUUUGUGAAUGGUGAACUGACAGAAAUUGAGACAGACCUUUGGUUUACAUCACUGGCAUUUUUGAAAAACCCUACCCCUGAAAUAUUCACGGCCAUUGCACCUCUUUUGGAGGAGACCCCCAGCCAGAAAGCAAUGCUUGGAACUUCUGCCCUGAUCAACAAUUACUGUAAACUCCACAGUGAUUGUGAAUCUGAGACUGGCAUUAUUCAGGUUCUAAGAAGGAUUGAAGCCCAGCUUGGAUCAAGCUGCCGUGCAACAAAUGAAGUGGAAAAAAACAAGAUUUUAGUUGCCCUUAAAUCCCUUGGAAAUGCUGGUAGAUGGAUAAACGCCAACACAGUCUUGAAACGCUGUUACACUGAAGAAGAAAAUGACAUGGAAAUCCGAGUGGCUGCUCUUGAAGCCUGGAGGCACACCCCUUGUGAAUAUGAUAGAUCUAGUGUUCAGGCUGCAUUCCAAGAUGAAAAACAAGACUCUGAGGUGCGCAUUGCUGCAUACCUUGCACUUAUGUCUUGCCCAACUCAGGAAAUCAUUGAUACAGUUAAGGAUAGGCUUACAUCAGAGGGAAUAAACCAAGUUACUUCAUUCGUCUGGACACACAUGACUAAUCUGCAAGAGUCUGCUUCUCCUGAAAAGCAAUGGCUACAUGACAUGAUUGGUGAAGAGCUGUUGCAGCUUAAAUACAACAAAGACGCUUUGAAAUUCUCUCGUAAUUAUGAGUCAUCUUUCUUCAUGAAUGAAUUGAAUCUGGGUGCAACAGUUGAAAGUAACAUGAUCUUCUCAGGCAAAUCCUAUUUGCCAAGAUCUGCCAUGUUAAACCUAACAUUAGACCUCUUUGGAGAAUCAAUCAACUUCUUUGAAGUUGGAGGUAGAAUUGAAGGAUUUGAAACAUACGUGGAACGAUUCUUUGGCCCCAAUGGAUAUUUCCAUGAAGAGACAAUUGAAGCUAUCUUAAAGAAUAUGAGAGAACAAAAGACAGACUAUGAAGCAACAACCCUAGAGGGAAUCCUGGAUAAGGCUACUGAUGAAGCAGAAGGCUCAUACUACAUGAGGGUAUUUGGCAAUGAACUUCAUUACCAUCAUUUCCGUGGCCUUGAAAAUUUCAUAGAAACAUCUGGUACAACUAAUCCUUUGGAAUUCUUGAUGGACAUGGCACGUAAAGGAAAUGUUGAUUACAGCAAGUCCUACCAAAUGUUUGACACUCACUACAUCAUCCCCACUGCCAGUGGUUUGCCUCUUGCAGUCACAGCUAAGGGAACUGCAACACUUGGUAUCCAGGUUAAUGGCAAAUUCAACAUUCAGAACAUGAAGAAUGUUGAUAUCGAAGGUCACAUCAACCCCUCUGCUGCUGUGGAAAUCAAUGGCCUUAUGGCAGUAGAUGCUCAUGUCACACGCACAGGAUUAAAGAUCAAAUCUAACCUCCAUACUUCCACUUUCCUUGAUGGCAAAAUAAAAAUAAACAAAGGUAAGGUGAUCGACAUUGCAUUCAACAUUCCUAAGGAAAAGGUAGAAGUAAUCAAUGUUCAAACUAAAUUCUUCUAUCUAGAAAAUGAUGAAGAGACAGAAAAGGGUAUUGAAAAUAAGAUGGGCCAUGAAAGCUGCACCUCAGGAAUUACUGGAAUGGCACUCUGUGGAGAAUUCAGUUACACGCCAAAAUCAGAAAUUAGCCCUGCCUUCCCAUUUGCUGGGCCUUUUGGCACACAUGUUUACCUGAAGAAGAUGGACACACACACAGGAUAUGUUCUGCAAUUCAAGAAUGCGAAAAAUGAAAUCUACCUCCUAGCUGACACACCAGGAUCUCAGUCCAACCACAAAAUUGAAAUGAGUCUCAAAAAAUCAAAUAAUGCUAUUGCUCUAGAUAUCCAAACACCUUUCAAAUCCAUUCAGGGUACUGGAGAAUAUAUUUGGCAGAAGAACAACAAGAAUGCUAAACUGACCUUGACACUUGAUGGAGAACAAUAUGGCAUGGAUGCUUCUCUGAUCACAGACAGCAAAGCCAGAAAGGUAGAACCACUCUUUGUCUUGACAGCUGCAAGUGGUACUCUAGUGAACCUUAAAGGCCUGUUUGAAAUGACAGGGAAAUCAGCUGAAGGCAAUUUAGAAUUGAAAACACCCUAUUUUGAAACUGAAAUUAAGAGCACUUUCAACUAUGACACAAAAGGACUUAUUUCACUGACAACAGAUGCUGAUUACAUCAUAGGAGGUGGAGAAAAACAAACAAUUCACCAACUGUUCCUCAUCAAAAAGGAGAUCUCUGAUGCUACUGGUACAUACACACUUAACUUUGACUUUAUUCCCUCUGAAUGUUCAGACAUCUCAACAAGUCUCAACUACCAGGCCGUUGUGAAACGCUUAGGGGAAAUAGAGGGCACAGGAAAGCUAGUCUUUGGGCCAGCAACUUGGGAAACUGCCCAUUCUUGGCUCUUAACCAGUGAGAGUGGACUAUGGAAACUUGAUUUUAAUCUAGGCCUUAAAUGCCCUCAACGUGGAAUUGAUUAUCUUGCAUCCACUAAUCUGUCUUUCAACCAGAAUGACAUUCAGGGUAACGUACUUCUUCGCACUGUCCCUGGAAAGGAUCUGUCCCUCAGCACAUCACUGAGCAGAAACGAAGAUAUUGAGCUCAAAGGAAAUAUUGCAGUUCAAGUUGGAGACUUCAAGGCUGCUUCUGAAGUUAUGUACUCCAAGAUUUCUUCUGAACAUCAUAAGAUCCAGUUGAUAACCAAGAUUGGAGAUGAAACCUGCAUGUUGGAGGGAGCUUUUGAAAACAAGUCAACAAGUGGAAAAAUCAACGCCAUUCUGUCUGGCAUCUGCAAGUGCAGUGGUUAUGACAUCAACACUAACUUCGGCAUUUAUGCUGAUACUCAAAAGGCAUCAGUGGAUAUGACUACCAAAGUUAAUGGCCGUGAUUAUACAGCCAAGAUCGAGGGUUCUUCAUCUUCUCUGCUGAUCGAUGUUGACAUCAUUAAACACGUUGUGCUGAACACACAGGUAACCUCAACCGAUGACGUUGCAAAGCUGAUUGUCAGUGCUGAAUGGGAUAAAGAUGUAGAUCCUACAAAGGCUCUUGCUAUUGCUGGAGAAAUAUCACCAAGCACAAUUCACCUAAACCUUAAGUUUUUGGAGAAAGAAUUCCUCUUGUCCAGCAAGCUGGAAUCUAAUGGAGUGCAGUUAGAGGCUAAAUGGGAUGCAGACCAAAGAAUCCUAUGCACAAUCACCUAUAAACAUGGGGAGACAAUUUCUUUAGGUGCUACUCUGCUCACUCCAUUCCCAGGAUGGGAAAAACAAGAUACAACUUUCACUCUUUCCCUUGACAAAACUAAUGUUGACAGCCGAUUCAUUGUGACCUGGAAAAAUUCCGAGUUGAUCAGCUUGUCUGUUAACGCCAAUUUGCAACCAGGAGCACUGACAAAUGCACUGAAAGCUGCCAUACUAUUCAGCAGUAGCCUGACUGACUUUGAGCGUGUCAGUUUCACAGUGGAACACAGCAUGGUUAAUGCCAGAAUCAGUAGCAAAAUUGAGGGCAACUGGAAUGAAAAACAGCUGAAAGGAAACUUUGAAUUAGUUCCAACUGAAGAUGGCAUUGAAGGACAUCUAAGCCUUACUGCACCAUUUAUGGAAAGGAUUCUAAUCAAUAUGAAACAUAGCCUCACUGAACAAGCCUUGGAUUCCAUUGCUGAAAUGAAAUUCGGAGAGGAAACUUUAACAGCCUCUGCUAAGGGACACAUAGUCAUUACUCAAGUCCAUGAUGUCGCUAUGGUAUUAAAGAUCGACUCCUCCUUACCUGUAGUUCCAGCAAUCAAUACUAAUGUCAACUACAAGAAUGAUGGAUCACUUCUGAAACUCACAGUAGAGGGAAAAAUGGGUGAUCAGAAAAUGAUGCUUGACCUAAAUGGUAGCAUAGUGAAAGAGGACACAACAAACAUUAAAGGAGAGCUUAGAUUCAUAACACCAUUCACCUAUCCUCUAACAGCAUCAGUCAAACAUCAGCAUACUGAUAAUGCCUUUACCUCAGAAUUGGAAAUGUCCCGCAUCUGGUCAACCUUUGGAAACCUGAAAGUACAUGCUGAGGGACAAAUGACCUCCAAGAGUGAUAUCAAACUGAGUGCAUAUUUGAGCAGCCCUGAUAAUAAGGCCUCCUUGACUUUCAAUCACAAAGUGGCAGAGAGACACAUGCUUUCAUCCGUCUCAUUCUUGCUCAAUGGAGAAACCAUUAAAGGAUCUGUUAGUGGUGUCGUUGAUGAUGCAUCCAACUUGGUAGAUCUAGAAGCAGAAGUCACUUCAACAUUAUCUGAAAUUGAUGAUAUUAAGAUGAAAGUUAAAAGUCAGAAGACAGACAAUACAAGAACUUCUAAUGUCACCUUGAUCAAAGGAAGCAAAUCUGUUACCAUUGCUCAUGUUAUCUCUGUACAAGAUCUUCUCAACUGGGAGAAUUCCUUCAACAUCAAUGGAGUGUACAUACUGACAAAUAAGCAGACUCAUGUAGGUACUAAAUAUACCCACGAAUUCCAGCUUGCUCUGGAUUCUCAGGAAAUUUUAGGGGCUCUUGAGUUUGAUAAGAAAUCCACUGGAGAUUUCUGUGAAGUAGACACUAAGCUGAGACUUGUUUCUCAAUGGACAGGAGAUGUAAAGGGCGAACUCCAACUCAAGUAUAACGAUGUUGAAUACAACCCUGUGAUUAUCAUCGAAUACUCUCCCGGGAAAAGGGUAGAGCUCAGCAAUACAAUCAAAAUCAAUGAUGCUUUCUAUUAUUUGGAAACUUCUUUGGUCACCCCAUUCUGGGACACAUUAGGUUUGAAACUUAAUGUGGAUUUCAAGCCAAGGCCAGCAGUCACUCUAGUCAUAAUGAAAGGAAGUGCCAAGACCACAAUUGAUGUCAGCGGAAGUUUGGAAUCAAAGAAAUUGGAAGGCCAAUUGGAAAUUAUUUCCAGUUACCUGACUUACCCAUUCUCCAUGGAGGUGACUUAUGACACCAGUGCAGAGCAAAAGACUGCCCAUCUUGGUGUUGUUUACGACAAGAAGUAUGAAAUUAAGGGUGUCAUUUCUGGAAGUGCUAAGGCAGCAAAAUGGGUCUUGACUACAGAUUUACCAUUUGAAACCAUUCAGCAUUUGCAGUUUAGUGGUGGAUAUGACAUCAUGAAAAUGCCUCUGUCAGCAAAUACCGUGUUUAUCCUUAAUACCAAGAAAUAUGAACUGGAAGCAAAUGUUGACUUUGAUAGUUUCACUGUUGACUUUGCUGUAGAUGACAACAAAGGAAAGUUCUCUGGAAACUGGUUCUAUAGCAUGGAGAAAGCUAAUGUAAACAUCAUCUUUGAAUCCCCAUUGGCAAUUUUGGACAGUUUCUCAGUUGAAGGAAUGUAUGACCUUGUCAGUGAAAAGAAAGUUAGCAUCAAAUUUACCAAGGGAGCCCAAGAACUCAGUGUAACUGGAAAAUUAGAAAAUGAAACUCUUCUCAUUAAUGCUGUAACUCCAUUCAGUGACUGGGAAAACCUAGAGGCCUCAUUUUUCAUUUCUGAGUCAGCAAUUGCUGCAUUUGCUAGGAAGAACGAAGCAAAAAUUGAAAUCAAUGGUGCUUUGCAUGUCAAACCUGGAAAGGGUAAAAUCAACCUGAUCAUAAGCUCACCUUUUGCUGGAUUGGAACAAAUAUCUGUUGAUCUGUCAUACUUAUUCAGGGGCCCUACAAAAACUGUGCAAUUAAAAUCCACAUUUGGCACACAGCAAAUUUUAUUGAAUGGAUCUAUAGACAUUGCUAACAUCCUUUCCCCAGAAAUGAAGUUGGAUAUUGCAACACCAUUUGAAACGGUCAAUAAACUUGGAGGAUUGGUUAAGUGGAAUUUUGAAACAGCUACCAAAACUGCAAUCGUAAAUAUCUACCACAAUGACAACAGAUAUUCCUGGGAAUUGGAAGCAACAGCUGACAGCCUUCUGAAAGGUAAUGCAAAGACUAAACUGCAGACUCCCUUCUCUGGCUGGACCUCUUGCAUAUUUGAAGGAAAUUUCGAUUUCUCAUCGUUGCCAUUCAAAUUUACUGUCACAUGUGAAAAAGAAGGUCAUGUGAAAACUUUCAAUGGAUUAUUUACAUUCAACAAGAGCGAAUUUUCUGCAGAGCUUGCCACCCCUAUUCCUGAGUGGGAGAAAAUCGUGAUCAGUGGUAGCUACACCUUUGCAGAAGACCUUCUAACCUUUUCUUCUGGAAUUACCAAGAGUGCUGAUAAUUAUGCUUUAACCGGUAAUAUUCUUUUCAAUUCACUGAAGCCUAAACUGAACGUAAGUCUGAAGACUCCCAUUACUUAUGCCUCAAAUAUUGAUUUCACCCUAGAUGCUGACUUGAUCGACAAUGACAAGAAAUUCCUUGUUUCUUUAAACAUUGAUGAAACCUUGUAUUCUUUGGAAAUUAAUGGUCAGUAUCUUCAAAAACAAGGAUUCCUUAAGGUUCAGUUGCAGUCUCCUAUUCCUGGUUUCAAAACAUUGGAACUGUUUGGAAAAAUUAACUUCACUGGAGAUAUCAAGGUUGCUGAACUUGAUAUAAAGAAAGAAGGACAAACCCAACAUCUUUCCAUUGCUGCUCAAGUCAAUGACAAUAACCUCAGAGCUGAAAUUCAGACACCAUUUGUUGGAUUUGAGAGCUUAGAAAUCCAAGGGGACUAUAUUGUACGCAAUGGAGAGCACAUCAUAGAAGCCUCUUACAUAAAGAAUUUGCAGAAGUAUGCUGUUAAAGGAAUUUUAUCAACAAAUGACAUGUCUGCAAUACUGAAGAUAUCAACCCCCGUUGAAACAAUGAAAAACAUUGAAAUCAAGGCAAAUUUCUCAUUAUUGAAUGAUGGAUUUGAUGGUUCUUUACACUUUGAGAAAGACCAGGAGUUCUUUGAACUGAAAAGCACAGUUGGAAUAAGUCCCUUAAAGUCUAACAUAAUUGUGUCCUUUGAAACCCCAGUUUCUGGAUGGAGAAAAUUACUGCUUGAUGCCAAGUAUGAUGUACAAUCAGAAAAGAAAUCAGCAUCAAUAACAGUGGAAAAGGAUUCAGUUGUCAAGAAGAUUAGUAUCGAAGGAAGCUUUACGCUCAGGUCUGGCCUGUUUAAGGUUGAAACACCUGUAGAAGGAUUUAGUGUCUUUGGAGCAGAAUAUAACCUGAACAUCAAUGAAGAAAACAAUCAGCUUCAUGCAUCUGUGAAGAUCUACAACGAAGGAAAGGAAUGGACCUUCGUAGCACAGGGAGAAUACCAUUCAGACAGGAUUAUGAUUAAGUUCCAGACACCAUUUGAAGGUUUCAAUACCAUUGCUGCAGAAGGAAGCAUCAACUUUGAUUCAAGAGCAGGCAAAGUUCUAAUUGAAUUUGGUACUUACAAGUUUACAGUGGAUUUAUCAUAUGCUACUGACAAUCUCCUCUUCAAAAUAACUACACCAUUUGAAGAUCUGAAGGUUAUGUUGCUUGAGGCUAAAUACACAUGGUUAGAAGCCCUUAAAGAUGUCACCAUCAGCCUCACUUACAAUGAAAUGCAAAACACUUUGCAUGGCGUUUUAAACCUUUCAAAGGACUCAUCUGAAAUUCUUGUAAAAGUUGUCUCUCCAUUCCAGGGACUUGGUGAAAUCUCAGUGAAUGCUAAAUAUGAUGUGAAUAACAGGGAUGAAUUAAUGUUUGUUCGAGUAAUUACAAGCACCCAGACAUAUGCUUUCAAAAUGGGUGGUUACAUUGAGGAAAAAGUUGCUGCUUUGACUUUGGAAUUGAAUACACCUUUCGAAGGACUGCAGAAUGUAAAGUUCUCUGUAAAACUUGACUUAACUAGUGAGGAUAAGCAUUUGGAAAUCAUUAUGGAUAAAGACAGCGAUGUGAAAGCAAUUAUUAUCUCUGGAAAACUGAUUGGAGAAAUGGUAGAUUUCAAUCUCAAAAGUCCUUUCGCAGGUUUCCACGACUUUAAGGUGUUUGGAGCUUUGAACAGACCUAAAAGAUCACUGGAAUUCCAGAUGAUGAGUGAUGACAGCGCUGCCACAUUUGCUGCCAAUUUUAAUUCACUGACAAUGGAGGUAAAAACUCCUUUUGCUGCCGCCAACCAGAUUAAAUGGGAAAUUGUAAAAGUUGAUGAAAACACAAUAAAAGCUGAAUGGAGAAGAAAUGACAACUAUGUCUCACUAGUCAUAGAAAAACAAGGAAGGAAAGCUGCCUUCAAUUUAAAAGUGGAGAGUAUGUUCCAGGGAUGGGAAUUACUUGCAAUUGCUGGACAGCUGGAUCAAGAAACCAUCAGUGGAUAUAUUCGCGGUCAGCUCAAUGAAGACAAAAUGUCUGUAUCUGGAUCAGGACAAUUUGAUACCAAGGGGGCUCUUAACUUGAAUAUCCAAACUCCUUAUGACAAUUAUAAAUCUGUGGAAGUGACUUUAGAGUAUAACAUAAGGAAGAAAACAGCGAAGUUAGAAGCAUCAUCAUCCUCUUCGGACUUCCAUUUCAUCCUUGAGCGUGGCAGGAGUGGAGUAAUACACCAUCACUCUAUUUUCCCUCAUUCUGAACAACCGACAGAAAUAUCCUUGAACCUCGGUUUGUAUAGUGGAAAGGCCACCGUUACAUCCCGCUAUCCACUCCUGAGAAAUUACUAUCAGGAAUACAAUGCCAAUAUUGGACCAGACAUUAAAAUAGAUCAUAUCAUAAAGUGGAAUGACCUCGAAGUUUUCAAGCUUGAUGUUGUUCGCGAAGGAGCCAACAAGAAACUCGAUGUAGAAGUGCAUUUCCGCAGGACUGGUCAUCACACAACUAUUGAGCUGCAUCGUGAUGGAUAUUCUUCUUUGAAUUUCCUCGCUCGCCGGGACGACCAAGAAUUCACAAUUAAUGUACAAGGCAGUGGAAACCUCCCUACUCAAGGUACAUUGGAUAUUGACAUCAACAAUUCAUUUAGAGAAGUGCCAAGAAAUAUCAAAGCAACUGCAACGAUUGACGUUCAGCCUGGAGCAUCGAGAAAGAAUAUCAAGUUGGAAGUCGUUCCUUCCAGGGGAAAACUUUACAUUUUUGAUCUCCAUUAUUCUAUGGACAUCUCUAACCCCAAACAGGGUGAUUUCACCUUAUCGAUUACCACUCCAGACAGAAUGAUGGCUCCAUGGAAAAAUAUUUCAGGAAGCUGGAAUUUGGAAGAUCAGAGCAAUACCAAUAUCAGAUUUAAAGUGGGUGAUACUGAAUACACUGCACAAGGAAUGCUUACUCUCCGGGAAUCUACCUUAGUGCUGGUUCCAUCUGACUCCAGUGCAGAAAACAUCUACCUCCAGUGGACUUUUAGACGGGAUGGCAAUGGCAGAGAUUACUUCAUUAAGAUUGGAAGAGAAUCCAGAUACCACAUGGUACAGCUAAAGGGAACUAUUCUUGAUUACGCUCAUGUUGAUGUAGAAGGAGCCAUCAAAAAUAGAUUUAUGGAACAUGAGUUACAUUUCAAAACAAAGUGGAAUAAACAGGCUGAUGGUACUGUGCAAGGUGAAGGAUCUUUUGAAUAUGGAAAGUACCAUAGUGAGCAUACUGUGAAGUUCCUUCGGGAUCCAUCAAGAAGAAGUGCAACAUUCGAAGCUUCGGGAACCUCCAACAUUCCCAAUUAUGAAAGAGUUUCACUCUCAGGAAGCUACGAUUUCGAUGGAAAGGUGGUCAUCAACGCUCUCGUCUUUGCAAAUGAUCGUGAAUCCAAAAUCGAAGUCAACUUCACAGACCUGAAUCCAUCGCAAUCACGCAAUACCAUAAACAUAAACAUCCCUCUCCUAAGAUCAUAUGGUCAAAUGGAGCUUACUCUGAGUCAUGACUUCAGACAAACCACGUCAAAAUCAUUUUCUGCAAUUGCCAGAUUUGCAGAUCGAGAAGCCUACUUAAAAGCAAACUGGAAUAGGAGUCCAAACUUUGAAACCCUACAGGGUAAUGUUGACGUCAAAUCCAAACUAGUUGGUGAAGUACAUAUUGUUUUGAACUUUGAUAUUUCAAAUAUUUCCGAUGCUCAUGCUGAAGCAACAUACACAAGGGUGACACCAGCAGGACAAACAAAGAAUGCAAGCCUGAAGUGGACUCGUCAACAGACGCCAGAACAAUUAAACACUGAACUUGUUGUUGAUACACCUUUUAGCUUUUUGCAACAUGGACGGAUAUUUGUGAAUGCUGACUUCAGCAAAUUGUUCAAAGUAUCAGCUGGCAUUGACUACAAUGAAAAACACAUUACUUUGGACCUUGAUGUCAACAAAAAGAGUAUCACUGGCAAAAUUACCACUCCUUUCGAGAAUUUUGAACUGAUAGAUGGAUCACUGACAUACAACUUAGGUGGAAAAACUAAGACAGUGCAGUUAGCUUAUGAAAGAGGCGAUAGAAAAGUUAACCUCGACUUCGUACUGAAUGUUAAACCAAAGAAGGAAGGAGACUUUGACUUAACUCUGACAACACCAUUUGAUUUUGUUAAAAACCUUCAUAUAGAUGGAAAAUGGAGCAAAAAGAAUGCAGCUAUCAAUUAUCAAAGGAAUGAUAUAGUUCUGAACUUCCAAGGCAAGGCUGAAGUAAAAGCUGAUAAGUCCUCUUUCGAUCUUUCCUUCGUUCCCCCUAGCGGAAACCCAAUAAGGGUUGCUGGUUCCUUUGAUGUUGAAGAAUUAAUAGAAGGUACUGGCUCGAGCGAGAAGCAGAUCGCCAGUUUGGAAGUAGAAUUUGAUGGUAAUCGUCUCAGUUUCAAUGUUAAUGGCUUCCGGAAUACUGAAAGGGUUUACAUUGAAAUUGAUGGCAAGACCACUUUUGCAAAAAUUAACAAUUUCCACUUGAAAGUAGAUACUCAUCUGUCAACUGAUCAUCGAGAAGGUAAUAUUGAGGUUGGUGUCAAUGAAUUUGAAUUGAAGAUUGACAAUCACUUUGAGAGGAAAGGCAGUGAAGGCUAUUAUUUUAAAAGCCAUAUUGAAAGUACUCUCACUCCUUUGCCUGCAUUGAUCUUCGGCAUCGGACACACAGGAGAGGAGCGAAUCGUGACCAUUGGCUAUGGUGAGGACAGGGAAAUCACAUUUUCCAUCAAAGGAAAGGACAACUUCGAGUCUGGAUUUUCUGGCUAUGUUGACAUACCAAACUUUGGCUAUGAAGGUGUUAAAUAUGAAGUAGAAUACAACUUUGCAAAUAGCAAUGAGAUUCACAUUGACAUUGAAGCCGAACUAGGAGGUGAAGGAGAAAUUGAGGGUCGUAUAAUCUACAAUGCUGAAGGACUUCAAGCCCGUCUGAGUUCUCUGAUAACUGGCGCACACAGUCUGCGCGUCCGUCGAUCUAUUUCAUCCGAUGGAUUCUUCGCCGAGGCUGGCAUCGACGACUACAACCUGAAACUCCGAGGUGGCUUCAACAACGACGAUACCAAGAAGGGUGUCCUAUUAGAAGGAGAAGUCUUUGGCAGGACAUUUUCAAUUGAUGCAUUACUACAAUCAGAGGGUUUAAAAUAUACAGAAGGGAAACUGAUUAUCAAAACACCCUUCCAGGGCUGGGAAACAAUUGGAGGUCUUUUCACCUGGGCAUUUGUAGAUAACAAGAUCAUAUCUCAUGCCGAAGUGAUGCUUCCAUCUGAUGUUAACCCCAAAAUAACAGGUGAAAUUAAUCUAAACCUAGACAAGAAAGUAGAUGGGUAUGUGAAACUAGACCUUUUCGGUGAGGAAUUCACCCUGAAAAGUAACUUGGUAGGUACAAAUCUUGAUGGAUACAAAGGAAUCAUUGAGAUCUAUACACCAUUCCAUUAUCUUUCAUAUGGCAGUGUCAGUGGAAAUUUGAAAGCAUUAUCAGGAUUCGUAGAAACAAAUCUCAAAAUUGAUUUCCCACUCGCAACUCAUGAAGUGAAAGUGAACUUCAAGAAUGAGAUGGAUAAGGUAACAUUCAAUCUCGACCUUCAGUCAACCCUUCUUGAGCGUACUGUAAGCAUUGGUAUGGAACUGGACAGAACCAACCCCAUUGCAGUUAUUGCACAUCUAACUAUUAACAAUAAUAAGAUCUCUGUAGAAUACACAAUGCAAAACAACCUCUUUUUGGUGAGCAUUGACUCACUGGUACUGGAUGUUCCUCGCAAAUUUUCUCUGGAAGCAAAAUAUGAAUCAUUGGACAGUUUAGAAGGCACCAUUAUUGCUAUUCUUGGUGGCGAAACCCAUAAAAUGCACGGCGGCAUGAACGCAGCGUCAGACCGAGUCCAAGGGAUCAUUGAAGUUGAAUCUAGCCUCAUCGAAGGUACGAGAAAGCUUUCGUUCGACAUUUCAAUGCCAACACCAUUCAAGCAAUUUUCUGGUGUCUUUGUGUAUACCAACAAACAAAGUCAUUCCAUCCAGUUCAGUCUUGAUGUGAUUUCUGGCAUUCGCUCUCACCUAAUGAUUGACACCCCACUUUUCCCAAAAGUUGAUGUUACUGUAGAACUUACUUUUGAUUCUGCUAAUUUCACUCUCAUAACUCCUCAAGGAACUCACAAAUUACUUGCUACAUGGAGAGUAACCAGAAAGACGUCAGUUGACUACAUGGCCAAUAUGGAACUGGCAUCUCCUCUGCUUCCCGUGGACUAUGUAUUCGGCGUCGUUAUUGGCGGCGACAAGGAGAAACGAACAUUGCAAGCUGAACUCAAUGCUGGAGGUAUCAAGCACCUGCUCGAAGGAUUUGCCACCAUGUCUAACCAAGGAGGAAGUUUCUCUCUUAACCUAGAAACACCAAUUAGUGGAAUUAAUAGAGCAACAGUUGAAGCUUCUGUAGAGUUUGUCCCUAAGAUUCAAAUUCAUAUUACAAACUCAUUUGCCAACAAAGUUAAUACAUUUGACUUCAACUUUGACAAGGAGAAUAUGGCAUUUAUGUCAGCUAUAGAAUCACCCUUCAUCCCCACUGGAAUGCUCAAAGCGGAGGCUAAAAUUACAGGUGAGAUCAACAAAAACAUGCAAUUGAAGAUAAACCUCAUGAACAACGAAAACUCAAUGAGUGGCGUUCUUAAUACAAAAAUCGCAUCGCCCCAGAAUAUCAAGGUUAACUUGAAGAUCACAACACCUUUCAAAGGAUUCAAGAAGAUGGGCUUCGCCGUCCAGUACCUGAAAAACAGUGAAGGGGUGAAUGUCCUUCUGGUCGCCGAAAAACCCGUCAAAUUCAACGUUGAGCUUCGCUUGGGCAACUUCCGCGACAAUAUUAAGGCUGAUAUUAAGGUCGAUACCGAAAUCAAAAGUUUUGAGGCCAUCGAGGGUCACUUGCUCAUACCACUGAAUAGCUUCGAGCCCCGCAUUUCUACCGGUAUGAUGAUCAAUGGUGAAUACUACAAGGGGCACAUCGGUGUGAAAACCAAAGCUCCUUACGAGUUGACCUAUGGAUUACACCUGGGAAGUUUAGUCGACCAAACAUUCCAUCUUAGAACAGAUUCUUCUUUCCUUUUCUUUCUGUAACUCUCCCUGUGAGGAUUUCAAGCACUGACCCGGUCGAGUAAGUCCAGCUAACACCACCAGUCAGAAAUCGGGUUUCGUCGAAAUGAACAAAUCGUCUUGAUGAUCUAUUGCUACAUCUCACUAAAUAUGUAAGUUUGCCUUAGCGGAAAUGUCAGGUCAUAGGAAAUGUAUCAUCAGGAGUUUUUCUUAUAUUAUUACUCAGCUGUAUGUAUAUAUCAAUAAUACCCUUUAUAAAAUAUAUUGGCAAUAAAAAUUAAUCUAUUAGUCA